UCUAAGGCCAAAUCACACUUAGAAAAUACAUCAAUUUUUUUUUUAGCAAAUUAAAUCCUUAAAACAUGGGCAAAUUUUCUCUCACUCAUGUCUUCAUCCUUGCCCUUCUUUUCACUGUUAUUUCAAUGGUAGCCAAUGUUGAAGCACAAAAGAGAUGCUCGGAGGUGUUGAACCCUAGCGGGUGUUUGCUUGCGGAAUGUAGACAAGAGUGUUCUGAAAAAUACGCAAGUGGAGUUGGAGAAUGCAUUGGAAAUGGUGGAACUCCUUUGCAGCCUAUUUAUGAGUGUGUUUGUGUUUAUGAUUGUCCCCUUUAAUUAUUUUUUUUAAAUUUCUAUUUUGUAUUUCAAUAAGUAAUGAGAGAGAUUUUAUAUAUAAAAUUUUGAUUUGAUUCAAA